AUGACCCUUAGGGUUGCGAGGCCCCAAGGCAUACGCUUCCUUGGCAAUGCCACGGCCACCAAGCGCGCACCUCCGUCAAGUGUAGUCGCCUCAAGUCCGAAGUCAAGCCGAAGCCCAUCCGGGGCCAGCACGUCCACAGCCGCGACUUUGAACUCAUCGAGACCAACCCGCGAGUCCCUUUCAUUUGCCGAGCGGUUGGCCCGGUUGAAAGAGCCAGCCGUGCUGUACAGAGCACCACCACACAGGUUUUACCGCUUCUCGUGCUACAGCAGUGGGCUCUUCUGUAUCUUGUAUGUAGGCUAUCACUAUACAACCAGCGUGUUAUAUGCGCCGCCUGACGUUACAUGGUGGCUACCGCACGCCUUUGCGGUCAUUGUGGCCGUGAUGGGAGUUCUGGGCGCAUACUUUGUUACAGGUGCUUGGCGUUUGGUGCGCAUGAUCCGUGCGGUCCCUCGCGCGUCCGGGAGCGCCCUCGCUUCAGCAGGCGCCGCCCCGAAAACGCUGCCUCAAACGCGGAUGACGGCAGCGCAGAGAGCCGCAGCGGCGGCAGAGGCCGCUGCGACGCAUCAGCUGCCUAUACGUCUCGAGGUCACCGCCACGCGGUUGUUACCGUUCUUUCCGCCCAAAGUCACCCUGGUGGAGCCGGCCGAUUUGGUCCUGCCUGCUCAGUAUGUGAUACUACGCCACAUGGGCGAGCACGUCAAGAACCCGGCUCUCGCGAAGAGCAAGCUGGGAAUAAGGGAACAGUUACAGGCGAUCAAGGACGCCAAGGCCAGAGCUGCUGCCGAGGCAGAGUAUGACAAGCGCAAUCUUCUCACAAGCCCCUUCCGCCACAUGGCUCGUGCUUUCGGCACAAUGUUCAGGACUCUACAUAGGUCUUUGACUAGAGCCGGCUUCGUCAACGUAGAGGCCCAAGGCAAGAAGUACAAACUCGACGUGAUGGAAUCUUGGGCACUGGAGGAUGGAAGGGCAUUAGAUCGCUUGGUCCGUGUGCAGGAGCGGUCGAACCUCAUUACAUCUUUUCCUCAGGAGCGCAAAGCAUGA